UUGCACUUGCUCGUUCACGUCUGUUUAUUUUCUUUCCACGUGGACGUGCUGCGCGCAACCACAGGAUUCCUCGCGGAAGUGACGGCAAGGCGGCGAUGGCGGCUCGCAGUUUCAUUCCGGAUUUCCACUGGACUACAAGCUGAUUUUAACCAGACCGGUUAGACUUUGUGGAACUUUUGUUAAGCUGUCUCUAUUCGGACGCCGCACAGAGUGAAGUCGCGUUGAACCGGUGCUUGACAACAAGCGGCCCCACAGCUUUUUUGGGGUAUUUUUGUCCAAGGUUCAAGGUGGUCACCCUGUCGAGCUAGCGGUAGCUUGGUGGCUACAAGCUAACGUUAGAUGGUAUAAAGCUAGCUCAUGAGCUAGCUUGUCGACGAGCUGCGCGCUAAGGUCCAUACAGCAGCAGUCGUCUUGCAGCAGCUUUUAUUUUGACGACGUCCACGUUUGUUUCACAGUUACAAUGCGAAUGUAUUCUAUUUAAUGCUAAUUGUGCCACAAGUGUGCAGAGCGAGGUACUCACACGUUUGCUUGGCCUCUUGUUAAUUUGAAUUGGUAGUUUGGCGGCUUUGGCUAAAGACGAAUUUUGACUAUUACUAGCAAGCAAGUUCCUUAAGUAAUUAUCCCAACAAUUUCGGACAAAAGCCUGCUAUCAACUGAGAAUUGAAGUUGAGUUACUGUGGGGUCUUUGCGUGCUCGUCAACAUGCUGAAGACCCGGCAAUGUUUACUUGGCAUCCGCACUUUUCUCGGAGUAACAUCGAGAAUAUGGGGCUUCAUUAUGUACAUCCUCAGGAAGCACCUACGAACGAUAAUCCAGUAUCAGACGGUGCGAUACGACACUUUGCCUCUUUCGCCUAUCUCCAGAAACAGACUCAAUGCAGUAAAGAGGAAGAUUCUGGUUUUGGACCUGGACGAGACGCUGAUCCACUCUCACCAUGACGGGGUCCUCAGACCCACAGUGAGACCUGGCACGCCGCCAGACUUCAUCCUCAAAGUUGUCAUUGACAAGCACCCAGUCAGAUUCUUUGUACAUAAAAGGCCACAUGUUGACUUCUUUUUAGAAGUGGUGAGCCAGUGGUAUGAGCUGGUGGUUUUUACAGCCAGUAUGGAGAUCUAUGGAUCAGCUGUGGCAGACAAGCUUGACAACAACAGGAACAUCCUUAAACGCAGAUACUACAGACAGCAUUGUACAUUGGAUUUAGGUAGUUAUAUUAAAGACCUAUCUGUAGUACACGAUGACCUGUCCAGUAUUGUCAUCCUGGACAAUUCGCCUGGUGCUUAUCGUAGCCAUCCAGACAAUGCAAUACCCAUCAAGUCCUGGUUCAGCGACCCUAGUGACACAGCACUUCUUAACUUGCUGCCUAUGCUGGAUGCACUAAGGUUCACUGCUGAUGUGCGCUCCGUCCUCAGUCGAAACCUCCACCAGCACCGACUUUGGUGAUUGGCUGAAUCAAGAGGGGUGGGGCUUGUUGACCAGCCUCUUCCUCUCUAUCGGCUUCCAUCCUGCUCUCCGUUCCCACACAGACGACCCACCAGCCCUCUCUGAGCCUCUCAGACGUGUCCUGAGGAGAUGAGGGUUGGGGUGACCGCCUAACAUGGGAUGAACAGUACGGGAUCACCAGAGCCCAGAAACUACUGAGGAGGGUGGGGUGGGGGG